AACCAGCGAGGCUGGGAGGCAGAUCUGGCCGGGCUAGCGCAGCCGCGGAAGCGCGGGAACCGGACAAUUCUCCCUUCCACGCGCCGCAGCUGGGUAACUCUUUCUGGAAGUAGGAAAUGACCUCAACAUCACAUGGGAGGCUGCAGGGCGUUGCGGAGCUGCUGCGCUCGCCCAGCAUCGACCCGGCGGAGCUGGUGUCCCGGUUGGAGCCCUUCAACGAGCUGACGGCGCAGGUGCUGCACGAGGGCCGCGACGGCCCCGACCAGGUGGCGCUGGUGGAGGCGGCGUGCGGCAGGCUGGAGCGGCUGAUGUCAGGCGCGGACAGCGACGCGGCGGUGGAGAUGGCGCUGAUCAAAACCAUCCUGCACCUCAUGCCCGAGAACAUCGGGCCGCUGGCCGGUAAGGCGCUGUGGUCGCACGAGUUCCCCGCCAUGCUCACGUCCGUGUUCGAGGCUCUGGCCGCCGCCACGGAGCAGCUGCACCAGGCACAGGCUCACGAGAUCCUGCUAGGCUGCAUGCAAUUCGUGCAGGACAUGUGCCAGUCGCCCUACCGCCUGCCACCAUCGCCCGAAGCCCCCCGCGGCGCCAAGGGUCUGACGGCUCGUGACAAGCUGGGCGAGCUGUUCAUCCCCCAGCUGCUGGAGUUUCUGCCCACCACCCGUUUCUAUCCUCUGCGUGUCCGCCGCGCCGCCGCCUCCACCCUUCUGGAGCUGGUCCAGACCUCCAAGCGCAACCAGCAGCGGCUGUUUGACGCCACCUCCGCAGCAGCCGCCGCGCGGCAGCCGCGCCACCAGCAACAUCAGCAGGACGGCGAGGAGUCUGGCGAUGACGGCAGUGACAACCCCGCGGCCGGGAGUGCGGACCGCACGUUCCUGGAGCUGCUGCCCGCGGCAGCUGACUACAGCACGCAGAUGGACCUGGUGGAGGUGCUGUUCCGGGUGUGCCGCGGCGGCGGCCUGGGCAGCGCCGGCGCGGAGCUGCCGCGCCGCUACCUGCCGCCCGCCGCCGCCAGCGCGCUGAACGAAGUCAUUGAGACCUACGCCGCUAUCAGCCGCUCCCAGGCUGAGGACAUGGACCUGGCAGCGCAGCUGCGGCCGGUGCUGGCACAGAUGAAUCGGGAGCUGGGCGAGCGGGCCAGUGUGUACUCCUACCGCACGCUGGCGCUGCGGCUGGAGGGCGUGCCGGGCGUGUGCCCCGCCGACCCCUGGGUGGACGUGGGUGUGGGCGGCGACCCGGCGGGGGCGGGCGGCGGCGGCCACCUGGACCUGAGCGUGCUGCUGCCGGACGAGGAGCUGGGCGAGGGCGAGGAGCCAGUGCCCGAGCCGCUGACCAUCAUGUUUGAUGACGUGGGUAUGGUGACCAUAUCGGACCUGUCGGAGGGCGCCGCCGCCGCUAACGGCGGCGGCGGCGGCGGCGGCUUCGGCUCCGGCACGGCCGCCUCCGCCCGCGGCACACUGCUAGCGGGCGCAGGCAGCGCCGCGGAUCUGUGCCGCGUGGAGGUGUCGCUGCAGCGGCUGCCCGGGACCCUGACGGACGUGGUCACCAAUGACGACCACGACCCGGACCAGGCGGCCGAGGCCGAUGCGGCGGCAGAGGAGGGGGCUGGUGGCCGCGGGCGGCGGACGCCGGCGCUGCGGCUACACCUGACGCUGACGCGCGAGGACGCACGCGCCAUGCUGCUGCGCCUGCCCAAGGCUCGGCGCGAGGGCCACAUGGUGGUGUUGUCCCAGGACCCCCUGCUCAUGGAGCUGUCGCAGCCCGCAAGCGCCAACAUCGGCCCCGGCCGCUUCCCCAAGAUGUCACGCGGCCUGCCCAUCUACACGCUCACGCAGCCGCCGCCGGCGCCAUCCCUGCCGCCGCCCGCCGCGGCGCCGUCGAUGCCGAUGCCGAUGCCUGCUGCAGCUGCAGCCGCCACGGCGGUGGUAGUGGUGCAGCAGCAGCCCACAAAGCUUGAUGUGGCGAACGGCCUGGCGGCGCCACCAGCGGCUGCUGCGGCUGCUGUGGUCGCGGCCGUGGCAGCAGCACCUGCUGCGCUGCCGCCGGCUGGCGGGCCGGCGCCAAGCCGUGGAGGCGGUGGCAGGAGCGUCAGUGGUGCGACCCCUCGGGCUGUGGCGGUGGCGGAAGAGCAGCCGCAGCACAGCGGUAGCAACGCCGGCCGGCCGACUCGGUCCAAGAGCCAGGCGUCCCAGGGCACCGCAGCCGGAGGCUCCCGGCGCAAGCAGCCCGUCGCGGGCACAGCAGCCAGGGGAGCCAUCGGGCGCACCGAGGCGAUGCCUUCGCCCGCUGGCGGCGGCAGUGCGGCCCGGCGGCAGCGGCAGCGGCGGCGCAGUGGUGCUCAGGGUGACGCUGAUGAGGUGACUCCGGAGCCGCAGCAGGGCGCGAAUGGCGGCCUCGAAGCUGCUGUCAAUGGCGACAUCGGUGCAGCGCAGCAGCAGGAGCUGCCACCGCCGCCUGAGCAGCAGCGCAAGGCUGCAGCGGCGGCACCAGCGAAGACGGCCAGCAAGGGCGCCGCACGUUCGACGCAGCCGCCCGCGCCGCCGCAACCCCAGGUGCAGCAGAAGCCGCCACAGCCCAGUAUGACCAACGGCAGCGCCCGGACUGGUACUGUCGCCGGCGGUCCAGCGGCCACCACCAUUACAGCCAUCGUCAAUGGGGCGGCAGGCCGGCAGCAGCAGGCGCCGGCGGCCAGGCCGGCGGCGGCGCCCCGGCAGCAACGCGCUCUGCCCAAGCCGACCACCACCGGCCUCACCGACACCACCGGCCUCACCAAGACUACCACCGGCGGCCCGCAGACCACCUCUGCCACCAAGACGUUCCGCCCACGCUCCAAGACGCCACCACCGCCGGGCGACAGCGCCCGCGGUGGCGGCGGCGCCGGUGACUUCGGAUACGCCGGCGGCGGCGCGCCCGGGCAGCAGGCACAGGCAGCGCCCGCCAACGCCGCCGGCGCGGCCGCGCAAAGGAAUGCGGCGGGGCCCGCGGCGGAGCGGGCGCGGCCACGACACGUCACCCAGUCGGAGGGGCCGUCCAUGCCCCCGCUGGCUGCGGCACAGGCCGCGGCGACGCUGGCGCCUGCCAAGACCGGCACAGACGCCAAGAGUGCGGGGGCCACCAAGGCGGGCGCGGCCGCAAAGAAGGCCGCCGCCGGCGCAGCUGCGUCCGGUGGCGGUCGGCCACCGCAGGCGCCUGCCGGCUCCGCCGGCCGCCGGGCCGGCAAGCCGCCGCCGCCACCGCUUCGCCCGCUACACCCGCUGGGCCCCGCACGCAAGUCGGUUCUGGGCGUGGGCGGCGCCUCGCCCAUCAUCAAGGCCUCCUUGGACCCCAUUGAAGAUCCUGACACGCCCGCGGACGCGGACGCCGCCGCUGGCCGCCGGCAGCUGGCCCUGCAGCGGCGCGCUGCCAAUGCGGCCGAGGCGGCCGCCGCCACGGCCGCCGUCGCCGCAGCAGCCGACGCCGCGGCUGACGACGGCGCGGAGCCGCCUGGGUCGGCGGCGGAAGACGACAUCACCGGUUAUGACGGCACAGCGGCGGGGCUUGGCGGUGGCGGAAUAAAUGACACCGCCGCCUCGCCGCCCAAGGCGGCAGAGCCAAAGGUGGCGGCACCGCCGCCGCCGCCGGCCGCGGUGCCGGAGCGCUCUGCACCGCGGUCGGGUACGCCGCCGCCGCAGCGGAAGCCGCUGCAGAUGGAGCCGACGAAGAGCAACCUGGCUGCUGACGGUGCGGCUGGCAUCACAGGCCGCGGUGUUGAUAAGGCUCCUCUGUCUGCAGCUGCCGCCAACCGGAAGGGCGCAGCCGCCGCCGCCGGGGCUGCUGCUGCGCCGCCGGACCCAGCGGCUGCCGCUGCCAAUGCCAAGCGUGCGCGUGGCGCUGGCGAAGCCCCGGCGGCGGCGGUCAAAGGCGGAGCGCAGGCUGGUACGGCACAACAGGGCAAGGCCGCAGCGCAACGCCAGGGCGCACCAGGCCCUGACCAGUUCGACUUUGGGGAGGAGGCGCCGGCGCAGCAGCCGGCCGCCAAGAAGCCGCGCAAGGGCAACGCGGCUGCUGCGACCACGUCUGCAGACGCUGGCGGCGCCGCUGUGCCGCCGGCAGGGCGCAAAAGCGCGGCCGCUACGGCUGCGCGUGACGCCGCGGCCGCGCCAGCGGCAGCUGCAGCCAGACCCAGCCGCCAAGCCAAGGUCAAGGCCAAGGAGGCCCUGGCGGAGCAGCUGGGCUCACAGGGCACACCGCGCAAGGCGCGGCAGCCGAAGGACCAGCACCCUUCGCCGCAAGCUAAGCAGCAGGCUGUGGCGCCGCCGGCUCGCGCGGAGGCAGCUGGCACCAGCAAGGGCCGGGGCAAGGCAGCAGCUACAACUGGCGCUGCCGCAGCCAAGCCGCCCGCCGCUGCCCAGCCGCCUGCCGGGCGCAGGCCGGCAGCUGGUGUGGCGGGCGGCCUGGGGCUGGGGGUGCUGGGCAGUGCGGACAUGGUGCCGGCCACUGCGGAGGACCUGGCGGAGGAGGCCGAGGCGGGCCCGGACACCACCGUGGUGCCAGCAACCGCGUCAGAUGGCGAGGAAGAUGCCGCGGCGGCGGCGGAAGCCGCGGCGGCGCGGCAGCGAUCUGCACCGGCUCGCGGGGCGGCUGGCAAGCGCGGCGCCCUGGCGCCCGUCGAGCAGCCGCAGCCGCAGCAGCAGCCACCGCAGCAGCAGCCCGAGGCGGCUGCGGAGGUGGCGCGGCUGCGGCGGCUGUACGACGACGUGGACGCGGAGGAGAUGGCGGCGGAGGGCGAGGAGGAGGGGCAGCAGGAGCGCGGUGCGGCCGGGCGGCGCGCGCGGUCCCCCAUGGGCGUGGAAGGCGACCUACUGCUGGGCGGGCGCCAGCGCCAACAGGGUCAGCGCGGCGGCGGCGGCAUCAAGGCCCUGCAAGGGCUGGUGGUGGACGCCGACGCCCCCGGCGGCGGCCUGUACGGCAUGGCGGGCGCCGACGAGGACGAGAUGUACGGCAUGGAGGGCGGCGACGGAAUGUACUAUGACGGGGAGUACGGCGCCGAGUACGAUGGCGGCGGCGGUGACGGGCUGGCGGCGGCGGCGGCGGCUGGAGCGGGCGGUUUCGGCGGCUUGGCAAUGGAGGUGGUCCUGCCCUCGCCCGCCAAGUCGGUGUCGCCCUUGGUCCGGGGGGGCGCCGCCGGAAAGACGCCUGCCGCCGCAGCUGCCGAAGCAGCCGCGGCGCGCCGUGGCGCCACCACCGCGCCACCUGCGCAGCGGCGCGGCGCCCAGGCUGGCGGUGCAGCUGUCGGUGCUGCGGAGACGCGCACUCCACGUGAUGCAGCUCGCGGUGGUGCUGGCGCUGGUGCCGCUGGGCUGCUCGGCGCGGCUGCUGGGGGUCUGCCAGCACUGGGGGGCCUCUCGGCGCCACCAAAAGCUGGCUUGGCGGCAGCGGCUCCUGGGCAGCAGCCCGGCAAGCCGCCGCUGCCUCUCACGCGGAAGCCACCGCCGCCCAGGCCGGCUGCUGCCGCCGCGCCGGCGGCGGCGCCGGGCGGUGCGGCGGCUCACCGCGGGCGCCGACUGCAGCCGCUUGGCGGCGAUGCCGCGGCGGCUGUCGCAGAGGAGGCGCAAGAGCCGGCUCCUGUGCUGUUCGGCACCGAGGACGAGGAUGGCAUGGCGGGUGGGACGAUGGCAGCAGAGGACCAGGCAGAGCCCCGCGGCGGCGGCGGCGGCGGAGGGCUGCAGGAGCUGGGUGGCGGCGGCGGCUUUGGCGCGCUGGGCGGUCGUGGCCUGGGUGGGCUAGGACUGGGCGCUAGCGGCGCUGACGGCGGCCUUGACGCUGACGGCCGCAAGCGCCUCAGCUUUACCACGGGCACCAAGCUGGCUGCGCUCAAGCCGCUGCCCUUCAUGACCGGACUGCGCAGCUCAGGCGGCCUCACCGGAGCAGCCGCGCCCGGCGGCGCCACAGGCGUCACGCCCGCCGCCGCAGCUGGCCUCAUGACCGGCUUUACCACCGGGCGCCGGAACGCCGGCGCCACGGCUGGCGCCGCCGGCGCCAGCGGCUCCCGCCCUCAGGCAGGCGCCGCGACGGGUGGUGCGGCGGGUGGAGCGGGUGGCCGCAAGCGCGGUCGCGGCGGCGAUGCUGCUGACCUGGGCCUAGGCAGCUUCGGCCUGGGUAUGGGGACUGGGGCGACGGCGGCGGGUGAUGAGGGCGACCAGGGCGAGGCAGACUUCGCUGCCUUGGCUGGCAUGCUGAUGCGCACGCUGGGCGCCGGAGGCGACGACGACGACGGCGGCGGCGGAGACGGCACGCAGGGCGAGGAGCUGCAGGCGAUGAUGGCGGCGAUGCUGCAGCGCAAGAAGCGGCGCACGGCAGCAAUGCAGCGGGCCGCGCUGCAGGAUGUGCAGAAGCGCAUCGCCGCGGCGGUGCAGGAGCUGAUGCAGCUGGCGGGCCACGAGGCAGAGGCGCUGGCCAAGAUCGCGCGCCGCCACCUGGCGCAGCUGGAGAACGCGCUGGCUGAGCGCAUGGCCGCCAUCGAGGCGCUUCGGGCGCGACACCAGGCGGAGCUGGCGGCGGCCUGGGGCGAGUACGUGGACACCAAGGCCGCCAUGGACAGCGCCAAGCAGGAGCUGCUGCAACGUGUGGAGAUGAAGCGGCGCGACCUGCAGCGGCGCCUGGGCGGACUGCAGCAGGCGGUGGUGGCGCAGCUGGCGGAGGCAGAGGCGCGAGUGCGGCAGGCCGGCCGCGGCGGGGGCGGCGGCGGCGGUCGCAGCGGCGCGCAGAUGGCCAAACUGCUGCAGGCCAUAUCCGCGGCGUGAUUGAGCUGUGAGAGAUACGCGUAGAGCAGUAGCAAAAGAAGCUUACGUUGUAUGAGGCCGAUGCUUGAAGGCUUGAGGCGUAAAAGGGCCCCAGGGGUGUUCUGGGCCGUAAGUGUGUACUGUAUGGGUGUGCUGGCUACUGGGCACGCAGGACGCAUGACCAUUACCGGUAUUUUCCGGGGCAAACGCUGUACAAGAUGAGGUCAGCAUGGGAGUCAUACUUGGCAACAGGGAUCUAGGCCGCUAACCUCAAACACGAGUUGUGUUAGGAUGGAUUGGUUGGGAAGUGCCCAAGGCAG